AUGUUGAAUGGCUUCACUGAGUAUCUUGAGCUCGUCGAUCAGUUCAAAGCUACCGGCGGUUCCCUGACCUUCGCUGAGUUCUCUCUCUCGCAGCCGGACGACUUCUCACAGGCUAUGGGAGCCUUCCGCGAUGGCCGUUGCGCCUUCCGCGCUCUGGAUCUUGCUGCCGACGCCCUUGGGCCAAUCACAUCUGCUGGGGUGGUGUGGUCCACACUGUGGACUUUCAUUCAGAAUUCCAACCGCGCCGCUCGUGCCGCUGGUCGCGCUGAGAUCUGUGAGGAUACGAUUGGUGUAAAUCAGGUCCAGUUUCGUCUCGAAGGCGUUCAAGCUUGCGUCGGUCUGGAUUUCCUGCUGCUGGCGCCUGGCGUGUAUCUGUGCGCAGGUGUUCUCCCAGGUCCUCAGCGUAAGUCGCACGCGUUCAUGCUUCAGGUGACGAAGCACGUACGAUUCGUCCGACGCGUCCUGAUUCGCUAA